AACACGAAUGGUCAGAUCAUGUUCUGUGAGGAGGUUUUCCUGGACCACAGGUCUCCCAGUAUGAGACAGUUCCUACAGAGUGCUGUCCAUCUGCAGCUCUUCAAACAGUUUAUUGAUGGACGUCUGGAGCUGCUGAACAGAGGGAUAGAGCCAGACGACCUGUUUGAACAAGAGAUGCUACAGUGUGGAACAGCAGAAGCAGGAAGCACCAAAGCCUAUCAUCAACUGGUGGGCAACCUGAAGAAAGGGGGAGGAGCUCUCAUCCUUAACGUCAAGUCUAAGACUCACAUGUACAAGUCGGCCAAACGUGGCUUGAGGAACUUUCUAUCACCCAAGGAGCACGUUGAGAUUCUCUCCCUUAAGAGAGGCAACUCCGUGUCCGGAACACACACACACCGCCGCAAACAAUCAGAUUGUCUUCAGAGCCGUUUACCAAUCACACAACACUUUGGGAAGUCUCGUCCCCGUCGUCCAGUUAACAAACAAGGCUGUCUCCUUGACGAUGACAACACACAAGAGAACAGAGACACCUGGGAGGAAGACUGGCAGGACAGUGCUGUCUCAGGCCCCGUGGCAGACCCAGAGCUCCAGGAGGAGGAGGGGGGAGACUCAGGUAUGUGUGACCCAGAGGAGAUGGACCUCCUGGGGGAGAUCUUUGACACGCUGAGUGCCCGGAGCUCCCAUGACCGCGGCCUGCUCUACGGGACACGAAGUCUAGACCUGUUUGGACCUGAUACUACUGACUACAUCAGACAGAGGGGCCUGGCCACUCCCAGUCAGGAAAGUCUAGGCGUGUCCAUUGGUGGGAGUGGCAGUCUGCACAGCUGGAACCAGGAGGACGGGCUACAUUACAUGGGGGAGGGGCCAGAACAGACCGAUGAUUCUGAUGGGCUAGGAGAGGGACAGGUGUUGUCAGAGGAAGCAUCAGAAACACCUCAAGGGAGAAGAGAGGAGGGAAGGAGAGAGGAGGGAAGGAGAGAGGAGGGAAGGAGAGAGGAGGGAAGGAGAGAGGAAGAGAUGGAAAAGGGGUUGGUGGAAGCAGAGGAGCUUAAAGAGAGGAAAGAGGUGGGGAUGGAGAGAUGGAAUGUGCUGAGGCAAGGAGGGCAGGAUGAUCAACAGAUGGAGGAGAGGAAGAGGGAUGAAGACAUCACUGUGGAGCCAGAGAUUCAGUCUGAAUGUGUGGGUGAGAAUGGGAAGGGGAAAGAAGUGGAGGGAGAGAAAGAGAGAGAGAAGAUGCAGAAUGACAGAGGUAAAGACCAACAAGAAGAGGAGAACCAGGGGCAGGAGAGAGGCCCCAAGACACCAGGAGAAUUACCCAGGAACAGAGGCCCAAGGCCGGGUGCUGAGUCUAGGGCCGGGGCAGUGGAGGACAACCAGGGAGAAGGGGACAGACUCACCCCAAAACCACUGCUUUUCCUGGGCCUGAGAACGGCACAGCAACCCAUGCUUCUAAACAACCCCUGGGUCAGCUAGAAAGAGAAGAAAGGGGGGAGGAAAUAGAGGUGGGACCCACACCCCUUUCUCCCAGUGUUCUAUCUGCUGCAGCACUGUUGCAGUCACCGGCCUCCGUGCAAACCCUCCAUGGGAAGGCUCAGACCAGGGGCUCGCCUAAACCCAGUGAGCCCAGCAACACACCUCGGACCUGGGACAUUAUACAGAAGAGCUGCCCUCAGGAACCCAACAACACCCAGGUCUCACCAAAUGACAGAGCUGUGUCUGGCAUAGCCACCCCUGUCCUAACUACACCUAUAAAUAACCAAUCAGAACAAGGGGGGAACACCACAGUGCAGGAAGACCCGCCCCCUGUCAAGGUGUCUGAGCUGAAGAAGAGAUUUGAAGCUUGAAGAUUGGUGCAGGACUGUUUGAGUGGCGCAAAGCUCAGCCAAUGAUUCUGCAGUUUUCAAAGACUGGGGGACUUGAUGAGUCAGAGAAGAAAUUGGGAUGGGAAGUGAAACUCAGGAACAUGAAGCGCUCUGAAUGUUGCAAGUAGAAAUAGAAUGAAUAGAGUUGACACAAUCCCAUAUUCUAACCGACAGACAGUAAUUCUGGUUCUACACCAUACAUUUCUAUCUGAACAUUCUGUAACUUUCUUAUACAGGUCUAUGAUGUAAUGCAUAAGGCCAGAAGUUUUCCCCAGGGUGAAUUCACUUGGACACAAACGGAACCAAACGGAGAGGGACCUUUCUGAAUAUUUCCAAUAGAAACUCUCAAUUUCGUUGGAAAAUAUUUUCAGUUUGGAUUAAACGGUUACCAUUACAAAACGUUUUGAUACAGCGCUGAACAUUUAGCUACAUUGUGCGACUAUUGAAUAUCAGUUGUGGAAAAAGUACCCAAUUGUCAUACUUGAGUAAAAGUAAAGACACCUUAAUAGAAAAUGACUCAGGUAAAAGUGAAAAUCACCCAGUAAAAUACAACUUGAGUAAAAGUCUAAAAGUAUUUAUUUUUUAAAUAUUCUUAAGUAUUAAAAGUCAAUGUAAUUGAAAAAAAUGUACUUAAGCAUAAAAAGUAAAAGUACAAAUAAUGUAAAAUUCCUUGUGUUACGCAAACCAGACGGCACCAUUUUCUGUUUAUAAUAAUAAUAUAUAUUUACAGAUACCAGGGGAACUCAGACAUCAUUUACAAACGAAGCAUUUGUGUUUAGUGAGUCGGCAAGAUCCGGUAGUAGGGAUGAACAAGGACGUCCUCUUGAUAAGUGCGUGAAAUGGACCAUUUUCCUGUCAGAAUGUAACAAGUACGUUUGGGUGUCAGGGAAAAUGUAUGGAGUAAAAAGUACAUUAUUCUAUUAAAGAAUGUAGUUAAGGAAAAAGUUGUCAAAAAUAGUAAAGUAAUGUUUUGAUACCAAAAAAAACUGAAGUAGUACUUGAACGUAUUAGUACUUGAACGUAUUAGUACUUGAACGUAUUAGUACUUGAACGUAUUAGUACUUGAACGUAUUUUUACUUAAGUACUUCACACCACAGUUGAACAACCCACUGAUCAUGUCACAUGACAUUCAGGAACCAGUUCUGUCCAAUCCCUUUGACUGAUGUCGCUGGUUGUAUUGUCCUUAGAUGACCAGCAGGUGGAGCUUGUGGAACAUGAACACAUUAACUGUAACACAAUGCACUGAAUACACACUUGAAGAUAUAUAUAUUUUUUUUUUUGACUAAAUCAAAUAUUUGUCUCCUGGAUGAUAUUAAAUGCACUGAAUAAAUGGAAGUUUUAUA